UGCUGACUAGCGAUGGAAACCGUCUACACCAGCAAGCGAAUAUUUCUCAACAGUGGCAACCACUACCCGGCCGAGGUGUUCCCGGGCGGGAUCGUCGUGUCAGGCAUCGAUGGUAAGGUGACACGUGUGCUCAGCUCCUGGGCUGCUGUCGACCAUUACUUGAAGGACAAUGAAGGUGAUUUUGAGCAUUACGACUUUGGCGAUCUGCUGCUGAUGCCCGGUUUGAUAGAUACGCACGUCCACAUCAACGAACCGGGACGUACCGAAUGGGAAGGCUUCCAUACGGCAACGAAGGCGGCCGCUGCCGGCGGUUUUACGACGAUCUGUGACAUGCCGCUCAACUCCAUACCGCCGACGACGAGUGUGGCCAACCUGCGCACCAAGGUGAAGGCGGCAAGGAAGAAGAUUUUUGUGGACGUUGCGUUUUGGGGCGGCUUGGUGCCGGACAAUCAGUGCGAACUGCGCCGCAUGAUAGCGGCCGGUGUGAUCGGGUUCAAAUGCUUCCUUUGCCCGAGCGGUGUGGAGGAGUUUCCGCACGUAACGGAGGAGCAGGUGUGUGAGGCGGCACGCUUGAUCGAGGGAACUGGUGCAGUGUUGGCGUUUCACGCAGAAGUCGAGUGUCACCGUCCCCACACUGAUACCCAGAGUAACAUCAGCGAUCCCUUCAAGUAUCGCACCUUUCUCGAAUCUCGACCAGAUCGUAUGGAGCAGCAGGCGAUCGAGCUAGUGGCAAAAGUGGCCCAGCAGUACGACGUUCGGACUCACAUCGUACACCUGUCAUCCGCACAGGCACUACCAACAAUCCGGCAGGCCCGCGCCCAUGGUGGACGACUCACGGUCGAAACCUGCCAUCACUAUCUCUCACUCGCUGCCGAAGAUGUACCUGACGCGCGUACCGAAUUCAAGUGCUGUCCCCCGAUACGAGAUCGCACGAAUCAGGAGCAACUUUGGCGUGCCAUCCAAGCGGGAGAAAUCGAUCUCGUUGUGUCGGACCAUUCCCCCAGUACGCCGCAGAUGAAACUACUGACCGACGGCAAACAGCGUGGUAACUUCCUGGAAGCUUGGGGCGGUAUCUCUUCCCUGCAGCUAGGGUUACCACUGUUCUGGACACACUGUCAACGGUACGGGCUGACGCUCGAGGAUACGGUCCGUUUGCUCUGUACCGAGCCGGCCCGUUUGAGCGGGCUGGAGCAACGCAAGAGUCGUCUCGAGCCAGGUUACGAUGGGGAUAUCUGCGUGUGGGACCCGGAGGCCACCUUUACCGUUACGGAGGACAUGAUCGAGUUCCAGCAUAAGGCGACACCGUACCUGAAACGUACGCUGCACGGUGUCGUGCACGCGACAGUACUUCGCGGUACGAUCAUCUACCAUCGGUCUGAGGUACCGGCAUUUGGUCCACCGUUGGGCAAUAUUCUUCUCGCUAGCCGGGACAAGCUUGCCAGUGACAACGCGGAAGAUAGCAACACUGAUAGCUUCAAACGACACACGGUAAAUACAUCUUCGGAAGAGGAGGUUGAGCUUGAGGACGUUGUAGAUUUGUAA